AGACUAUGUCAGAGAUCUCUGCAGCUCCACGCUCCAAUCCACAACAUGCCAACUCUCCCCCUUUUGAUGUUGCGAUUUUGACCGAGGGAGUGUGACAUAAGAUCGAGAUGAGCUGAGCAUCUUCUAAUCAUCCUGAAAAUUAUAAUUCCAUCAGUUGUAUGAACCGGUAUAUCUCUUCAGUUUGGAUGGCUGAUGCAAAGCCAAAAUGGAACUCUUCCCAGGGACCAAGUCACGAAUGGAGACAGAAUGAUAAACGGAUGUCACAAAGCGAUCUUACAGUUUCAAUUACAGAGACAACGCCACUUUUUCCUGAUGAGCUCCUAGAGAUUAUAUUUUAUCAUUUCUCUGCAACAACCAUAGGGAGAGCCCAUGCAGUUUGUAAAAAAUGGAAUCAAAUACUAACAAUGUUAACAAGCAAAACUGAUAUUUGGUUCCGGAAAUGUACUGAGGAGAUUCCAAAGUACACUCUGCUGCAAAUGUGUAAUCAUCCACUGAGGCCUGGAUACCAAAGUGGAGUAGAAUGGAAAGAUGUCUAUGUAAGAUGGCGGCUAUUCAGAGGAAAUAGGGUCUUGGUCGCAGAGCUUGAACCUGUGCAAGACAUAGCAAAGGCAUCUGGCAUGUAUGGUCAAGGAUGCACCACAUCUUAUUUCACAGAUGAUGUGGUGUAUAGCUAUAUUCAAGGGCACAUACUGGCUUAUGACAUGCACAGUGAAGCUUGUAUGAUAAGAGAACACUCUACUCUUACUACGUCUGCUACAGCCAUCCAAGCCUUAGGCAUCUCUCUUCCUUUCAAUGUUGAAGGAAAAACCCGAUUUGAAGCAAAUGUUGAAAAGGCAGUGGCCAUCCUUUUAAUGAGAGAACAUGUGGAAAUUCUUGUUGGAUUGGAAACGAAGGAGACAGUUAUACUCAGCAAUAUGGUCAUGCAGCCUAUGUGUACAUGGUAUGAUACCUUCCUGAUUCAAGAAGAAGUACCUGAUGGUCCUGUAGUUAAAGCUUUCAAAGUAGGGUAUGAUGAAGAGACCAAACAACUGUCAGUACAUCACAUCCAGACCUGUCGUCUAAGAUCAUUGGAAACAGUUUAUGCUAUGCAACUCACAGAAAAUAAGGCCUUCAUUGUAGAAGAUUCAACACUUAGUAUGUGGGAUAUUGAUGAAGGAGAAUACUGUGAAAUCUGUACCAACAAAGAUGUAGUACGUGGAUAUGACAAAGCAAUAGGAGUCAUGUCGUGGGUCGGUAGUAUGAUUGCCUUCACUUUCUCUAUUGGACCAAGUGAUAUUUUCCUUUAUUACUUGAAUGAAGAAUGUAGAAAGUUGAAUUGUAUUGGCUGUGUGGACCCACAGGAAACUGCUGAAGCUCUUGUUCUUCUGUAUGAUGGCAGCAUCAUGAUGAUCAACAACAAUCAAUGUAGUCUGCUACUUUACAAAAGAAGAGACCAUAAUGAAGAAAGUGAAAACAGAACAGCCCAUCCUGCAAAGAAAGCACAUAGCCUUAGAGAAGACAGGAUGCAGAAUGUUGAACCUGAUGGUGAGUGGACAGCCCACAAGUGCAGACAAGCAACAUAUGAACCUGUGACUGAUGAAGCCAACAUCUAUAAAAGAAAUAUGUCCAAGUUACUUGGUAUUGAUGAGAGUGAUACACUUUGGACCAAAUUUGAUACUGGUGUGGACAAUUAUGAGACUGAAGAUAGUGAAAGCAGUGAUUCUGAACAGGCUGAAUAUAAGAAUGACCAAGGAUCCAGUUCUUCAACUCACAAGGAAUAUGUUGUGGAAUGGUGGGAAGAUAAUGUAAGGACUGAAGACAUUUCUUUUGUUCACGAACCCAUCCUUUCUUUAUCACACAAAGGCCUUGAAGGUCACUGGCUGUUUGUCUUAACAGAUUCUUUAGUUGCCAUGGAUAAUACAUGUACAUUGACUAAUAAGAUUCGGGAUAGGAUGCUUGUUUACAAAUGGAACUAUAUGCAAUAGCAUCUGCAUACAAAUGUAUAUUUUAUUUCAUAUGCAAGAAGUUUUUCAAGAAAAGUUUUCAAGUGUUAUAAGUAUAAUAUUGUAGAGAUACACAUAAUUAUAAGAAUUAUAACUUCAGUUGAAAAAUUCUGACUCAAAUAUGUGGAUUAUUUCCCUUUUCACCUUUGUUGAUAAUAUUUGGCAGUGGGAUGAAUUCAGCACAUUCCACGUCUCCUGUUAUAAUCAUACCUGUCAACCCUCACAAAGUUUGAAGUCUUAGAAGCUUAAAAUCCAAGAAGUUAAAAUAUAUAAGUUUCUUUACCAAAUGAUGAAAGUCAAAAGUGGAACAAAAUAUUUAAUUGAGAAAUUGAAAAUCUCAAGUUUCAAAUGCUACUCCUCAGAAGUGUGUUAGUGUACACCUUCAUAUCGAACUUAAUAAAUAUGAUCAUAUAGCUACAAUUUGAUGAUUGCUUUUCACAAAAAAAAUGCUAUCUUGAUGUAAUAAAAAAAUCUUAAUAAAAACAAGAGGAAAAGAAAAUGGAUUAUCUUUAUUGAUACUCCAGUUCCUCCCAAAAUUCAUUAUUUUCAACCCAUAAAUUUGGUAUAUUCUGAAAGCUAACUCUUGGAUUAUUUAUUUUGAUAGGGGGGAAAAAAAAAAAAAAUAUAUAUAUUUCAAUCAAUUACAAAAUUUCUCACAACUUAGAAUAAAAGUUGAUAUAUUGAACUAUGUUGAACUAUCGGUUGCAGCGAACAGGCCGAAUUUCUAACUUUGGGGUCGACAUCAUGUGCAGGUUAUAAUAAUAAUAUGUCCAUUUAUAUAGCGCAGUUACUAUGUGCAUAUACUCACUGCGCUUUGAUACUUGGUAUCAUAUUACUCUGGCUGUAGCUGAGCCGCCAUAUUAAUAGGCGCUAAAAAAAGCAUUCGAGGAUUAAAUCCUACCGGGUACCUAUUCACCUCACCUGGGUCGAGUGCAGCACAAUGUGGAUAAAUUUCUUGCCGAAGGAAAUUACGCCAUGGCUGGGAUUCCAACCCACGACCCUCUGUUUCAAAGUCCAUAGACCAAUCCACUGGGCCACAAUGCUCCACAGGUGCAGGCAGCACACAGUGCUAGUGUACUGUAAAGUAUUAGCCUGUGACGCUUCAAAAAUGAAAACUAUAUCGCAAGAAUUCACCAAAAACGGUCUAAAUUUCUCAAAGAAAUAUGAGGCGAAAUUCUCUCCCACCUCUUGGACCCUAGUAAACACCUUUUUCCCGUUGGCCAGUGCUGAAUAUAAUUGCAUGCACUAUCGCACCAGCGCGCACAACACAGAUGUCAACCUUUUUCCCCAUUAGGCGUUGAAAAUUUCAGCCUGUCGCUGUAACCGAUAGAUGGCGCACCGUAUUGUGAAUGUACUGAAAUGUAAUAGUCGUAUAAUAGGACCAGAUUACUCUACACUGAGAGUUCUCAUUCCUUGCCUCUUAAACAAAUAUCAUUUACACAAAAUUGAUGUAUCACAUAAUCAAAGAAACAUAUCAAAACAAGAAAUUAUAGCUUUUAUUUCAAAUAUCUUACAUAAUACAUUAUUUGACGUAAACACAGUCAUAAGAUGAAUAAUUUCUAUUGCAUGAUUAUUGCCUGUCUGUACAGAAACUGUACUUGAGACAUCUCAUCAUACACUAUAUCACUUGCUCAGGAAGAGAUCCACAUUAUUCAUGGACAUUUUAGAUGUGGUUUAAGAGGCCAAACAGAGGGUGCAAGGUAACAAUAUGCCUGAAUUUAUAUUUUGUUCUAGGAAUGACAAUUUAUUUGUGAGCUUUCUCCAUCUUUCUCAAGUAUAUUAGGAACUAAAAUAGGCCUUUACCUUUAAUAUUUAAUUUAUAUACAACUAAUCCCAAUCUUCUAUUUGCUGUGGAGCAGUUAUAUCCCCAUUACAAAAUACAAUUGCAUGGAUGAAACUAUAAUUUAAAUUUUCAAAAAUGACUGGAACAAACAGAACAAAUGAUGCUUAUCUUCUUUUGAUCACUAUAAAAGAUAAGUACACAUUGUAAGUCAUCCUUGCCCAUUAAUUAUGAAAAUUCACUGCAUUUUGCUGUGUCUUUCAGAAGGAAUUCAUUCUGCCAUUUCUGAAUUGAAAAAAACAAAGAAGAAUGGGAAGGGGGAAAGACAAUGAACAGGUCCUAAUUUCACCAAUAGUUGGUCUCAGUUUUAGGAAGAUAAUGUUGGAUCUUUUUGUUUUUAUUCUUGUAAGACAAAUUUUAUUGUAUUCAAUCAUUCUCAGUAUACCAAGAUCGACUAAAAACAGGUACCUCAAAGAAAAACGUGUACCUUAUCAUACAUAAUUAAAUUAAAAUAUGCAUAAAAAAAAAGGACCCUGGCAGGAUGGAGGUUGUGGGCAGAAGCCACAGCUGUGGCAGCCAAUAGACCAGGGUGGAGGCCCCGUGUGACACUAGGCAUGUGGAGGAUAGGUAAGGUAAGGUAAUGCAUAAAAAACAUGUCUUUUCACUGUAGAUCAUAUUACAUAAAACAUAAAAGUACACUGUAGGUCAUCUUAAAGGCAAGAACUUCUUGGGAGUUUUUUUAUACAUAUUGCCAUAACACAUUUUCCAUACACCCAUAUACAGGCUCUGUAUCCAAACAGGCUUAGUAAAGGAUGUAUUUCUCUCUUGCUACCAUAUGUUAAGUAUGAUAGUACUAAAAUAUGUAACAAAAGUAUAUGUACAUAAAAAAAUGAAAACUAAUGAAAAUAUGACAUUUUAAGAAAUGCAUUUCUUGGUGCCUAAUGCAUACUUCAUUGUACAAAAUAAUUAUGUAUGUUUUUAGUGAUGCAUAAAAUUGCAUUUCUUAUAAAGAUAAAAUGAGUCUACAUAUUAAUCUGCAAGACUGUUACUGUUCUAACUAUGGAGGAAAAAAUAUUGGUGCAAACAGCACAUGGAUUACAAUACAGAGUGCAAAUUACUAAGGUGCAGUCAUAAAAGCAAGUAAUGCAAUAAUAAAUUAUCCAAUGUGAAGAAACAGUAGAAAUAAAGGGGCUUUUUUAUUCUCAUUGAUAUUGAACUCUUUGUUUUGUACUGCAGGCUGCAAUUAAUUUCUUAUACAUGUAUUCUAAUUUUGUAUGCGUAACUGUUCUCCAAAUAACGAUUAGAAAUAAAUCUGAUCAUCUGGACUCCGUUUGAAAGAACAGUUCCAUGUCCAAUCCAGGACACUUCUUCAGCUCGUCUGUACUGAUGGAACAUUGUCGUUGACGCCAAGGCGGCGAAACACAAUAGGUGUUAUUGUCUUUGAGAUGUCGCCAGUUCAGGCGAGCUGAAGAAGUGUCCCGAUUGGACGCGAAACUGUUCUCUCUGUUUCAAACAGUAAGUCCAGAUGAUCAGAUUUAUUUCUAAUCGUUAUUUGUCGUUCUACCUGGAUGAAUCAAAACAUACAUCAGUUAAUAGUUCUCCAGUUUUACAAAUAUAUGUUUCAGAAAAGUCAUUAAAUGGGCAAAGUAUAUUGAA